UUAAAAUGUGACGUGAACAUUAAUAACUCGUUAACGGGUAUCUUAAAUAAUAUUUACUGUACGUAACAGUUACUGUCGGAAGUUUCUAUUAAUAAUUGAAAAUCUAGAUGAUUUACCUUCGUCAUAACCUAGAACAAAGUAAAAAAAUAUUUAAAUUCUGUCACACGAUUUAUGUAUUUGUAAGAUUUUGUAAGGAAAUUUUUACCUCAGGGUUAGACUCCAACGGUAUCCAAAAAGACAUGAUAAAAUUUCUAUAUUUCUUGUAAAACUGACAAUAAACCGAUAGGGAGUGGCGUUAUAAAUUCUAAGUUCAACUGACUACAAUGUACAUGUACAUACCGGUACAAUACAUAUGCACACGCAUGUGAUACCGGGACCGGAGUUUGCUAUACAUAUAGUAAAUGAAAAAAUGGUUUCAUGGAUUUACAUCCCAUUGCUCUAUGCUCUUUGCAUAUCAUGUGGAUCAUCAGAAGAAGAAUAUGUCAUAAUAUCGUCAAGUAUAGAAAAUGAUGAAGUAUUUCAGCAUCAAAAAUUGAAAGCAAAUAAAUAUAUUCCUACAUGGGAUAGUUUAGAUAGCCGACCACUUCCAAAUUGGUAUGAUGAUGCAAAGUUUGGCAUUUUUAUUCAUUGGGGAGUCUUCAGUGUUCCCAGUUUUGGUUCUGAAUGGUUUUGGAAUAAUUGGCAAGAUGAACAGAAUGGUACCAAGUACCGCGAUUUUAUGAAACAAAGAUAUCCACCAAACUUUACAUAUCAGGACUUUGCUCGUGAUUUUACUGCAGAAUUUUUUAAUGCUACAGAAUGGAGUGAAUUAUUUCAAGCUUCAGGUGCAAAAUACGUGGUAUUAACGAGUAAACAUCAUGAAGGAUAUACAUUGUGGCCAUCAAAAUAUUCCUUCAGUUGGAAUUCUAUGGAUGUAGGACCACGAAGAAACCUUAUAGGCGAAUUGUCAAUGGCAUUGCGAAAUUCAACUAAUUUGAAGUUUGGUCUUUAUCAUUCUUUAUACGAAUGGUACAAUCCCCUUUAUUUGCAUGAUAAAGGAAACCGUUUUACAACACAAAUUUUUGUUAAACAAAAAAUAAUACCUGAAUUAGAAGAGUUAAUAGAAAAUUACAGACCAGAAGUUUUAUGGUCUGAUGGAGAUUGGGAAGCAUCUGAUACUUACUGGACAUCAAAAGAAUUUUUAUCCUGGUUAUACAACGAAAGUCCUGUAAAAGAUACAGUUGUUGUUAAUGAUAGAUGGGGUGCAAACAUACCAUGCCAUCAUGGUGAUUUUUAUACAUGUACUGAUAGAUAUAAUCCAGGUAUACUUCAAUCUCAUAAAUGGGAAAACUGCAUGACUAUUGAUAAAAAAUCUUGGGGUUUUCGUAGAAACGCUCGUUUAGCAGAAUAUUUAACAUUACCCGAAUUGGUAAAAGAACUGGUGGUUACUGUAAGUUGUGGAGGAAAUUUAUUAAUGAAUGUGGGUCCAACAAAAGAUGGUACUAUUUCUCCAAUUUUUGAAGAGAGAUUACGUGGAAUGGGUGAUUGGUUAGCAAUAAAUGGAGAGGCUAUUUAUAAUACUAAACCAUGGAGUAAACAAAAUGACACUUUGACGGGCAAUGUUUGGUACACCCAAAGUAAAAAUGAGAAAUAUAUUUAUGCACUAAUACUAGAUUGGCCAAAGGAUGACCUAUUGUCCUUGGGAUCAGUUAUAACGAAUGUAAACACGCAAAUUUUCUUACUUGGAUCUGAUGAGCCACUUAAAUGGAAGCAGAAUGGUGGAAAAUUAAUUAUAUCUAUAUCAUCAGAAUUUCAUAGAGGACAACCAGCCUGGGUGUUAAAAAUAAAACAAAAGUAAAUUAUAUCAAUCAUAGUUUUAGAAGUUCUUCUGUUUUAUUAUGAACAAUAUUUUGUAUGGUUUAUAUACAUUAUAUAAAAACGAUUUUGCCAUUAUCCGUUCUCCUUAAAGUUAUUGAUUUUACGAGCUUCUUCAAUUACUUAAUUUGAGCUACUUCGUACAAAUAAGCGCCAAGUAACUUUGUCUGGAACAAAAAUAAACAAUUAUUAUACGAAA